UGUUUAAGUCAUUUCAAAGCAGUGCACGUCUAACCAAAGCAGGUGUCAGAGAGGCAGGGAGAGAGGGAGGGAAGGAGAAAGCAAACAAGAGAGGAGACAGGGAGGGAGAGGAAGAGUGUGAGACAGGGAAGCAAACAGAGAGUGGAGAGGAGAGAGGGAGGAUUGGUGCGCUCUAGCAGCAGAAGCAGCAGCAGCAGCUCGGAUCCGGACAGGAAGUGACCGGGGCUGGAGGGUGAAGGUGUCUCUUGACGGAGGACUGCAGGCGGACAGAGGCGCACAACUUCCCUCCUCUUUCCCUCUGCGCUCCUCUCCGCUCCCUGUUGCCCGGGACACAGGCAGGCAGCUGGCGCGGUGAGAUGUGAAGAGAGAGGCUUGAAGUAUGGCAUGCAAGGAUGGUUUCUGCCAACGAGAAGGAGAUGGUGACAGCGACGCGCCCCGCGUUUAUUCGGACCCUCUUCUACUUUUUCUGUUUGGCCACUUGCGCGAAGAAAAUCUGUGCACAGACAAAGAAGGAUGAAAGGAUCUAUCCGGAGAAUUUUACGCGCAUUUUGGACCGACUUCUGGACGGUUAUGACAACAGGCUGCGACCUGGAUUUGGAGGUCCUGUGACUGAGGUCAAGACUGACAUUUAUGUGACAAGCUUUGGGCCCGUGUCAGAUGUUGAAAUGGAAUACACAAUGGAUGUGUUCUUCCGGCAGACCUGGGUGGACCGGAGGUUGAUGUACGAAGGUCCCAUAGAGAUUCUGAGGCUGAACAACCUGAUGGUGACCAAAGUUUGGACGCCGGACACCUUCUUCAGGAACGGCAAGAAGUCCGUCGCUCACAACAUGACGGCCCCCAACAAGCUCUUCCGCAUCAUGAAGAACGGCACCAUCCUGUACACCAUGAGGUUGACUAUCAGCGCUGAGUGUCCCAUGAAGCUGGUGGACUUCCCCAUGGACGGACACGCUUGUCCCCUCAAGUUUGGGAGCUAUGCCUAUCCAAAAACAGAGAUGAUCUAUACUUGGACCAAAGGGCCGCAGCAUUCGGUGGAGGUCCCUCCUGAGUCCUCCAGCCUCGUUCAGUAUGAUCUCAUCGGCCAGACGGUCUCCAGUGAAACGAUUAAAUCCAUCACAGGUGAAUAUGUGGUGAUGACGGUCUACUUCCACUUGAAACGCAAAAUGGGCUACUUCAUGAUUCAGACGUAUAUCCCCUGCAUAAUGACAGUAAUCCUCUCCCAAGUGUCCUUCUGGAUAAAUAAAGAAUCUGUCCCGGCACGCACAGUUUUUGGCAUCACCACCGUCCUGACCAUGACGACUCUCAGUAUCAGCGCUCGACACUCCCUCCCUAAAGUCUCCUACGCCACCGCUAUGGACUGGUUCAUCGCCGUCUGCUUUGCCUUUGUCUUCUCUGCCCUCAUUGAGUUUGCCGCUGUCAACUACUUCACCAAUGCACAGAUUGAGCGGGCCAAAAAGAAGCCGGCCAAAUGUCCGCCGGUGCCCCAAACCACGCCUGUCAAGGUCAAGGACACGGAGGAAGUGCUGCAGCAAAAUCCCGACACUAAUGGCAACCUGAGGAAACGGAUGAACUACAUCUCCCACCUAGAGCUGCGCAGUCAGCAGAGAGCUCAGUCCACCACCAACAUUUCAGGAAUAGGAAGAGGAAGGCCGCUGCGACCUUUAGCCAGCGGAGCUAACGGCAGCUCCUCCACCUUGUCACGCUCCAGCCCCAAGUCUGAGAGUCUGCUGAGCGUGGCCUCGUCCUCCACCCAGCUGGUGAAGAACGCACCUCAGGCUGCAGCUUCCACGCCAGACGUCAUGGCCGGGACGCCGUGCAAACAGAACACCAGCUCCUCAUCCCUGCAGCAUCUGCUGGGGCCCAAGCUGGAGCGCAUCCAGAUGAUGGGGAACAAACUGGAGCCAAAGCAGACGCCGUGCUCUCAGCCUACAACCGCUGGGAUGGGAGGUACCAGUAAAAUUGACAAGUAUGCACGGAUCCUGUUCCCAGUGUCCUUUGGUGCAUUUAACAUGGUCUACUGGGUGGUUUACUUAUCGAAGGACACAAUGGUGGCUAAAGGUGGCUAGACUUUGUUCUGGCAUCAGGAGUGAUUACCGUUUCUUUCAACACACGGGAAGCAAAUCAGGAUUAUGGGAGUUUGCAGAGACUGUUGCCAAACAGAUAAACAAAAUAUGCUGGUCAAGCACUUCCAUAUCCCAGAGAACGCUCUCAGAAUACAUUUAUUUUUUUCUUCCUAAGGUCCUGGAACAGCAAGCAUGGGAACAAAUCAACCAAAUUAGAAAUAUCUGACUCAGCAUAGGAACGAGCACCUGCACACUGGAAUAUGCGACUGUCCUCUUUAUAUCACAUCGUGCUUCAUCUGACUGUGAAGGUCUUCAUUGGCUUCAACUGCCUCAUGAUCUCUUUCGGCCUGCAGUCGAGAUAAAGCAUGGGAAUUUUUCAUUUUCCUAUUUUUGUACCCUGCACCUGGUAAGAUGUUUGGAUGUGUGUUGCACCGUCCUGAACUGAACUCCACCAACUUUGUAAAUAUAUACAUUUAUUAGGGCAAACAGAUUUAUAUUUAAUGAAUACAGUCUACUUCCAUUUCAAUAUUAGGACUUGAUGCUUUGUUGCCAGACAGUUAGGGGAGUUAAACUAUCUGAGAGUACAAAGGGACUGUGGUCGUGGUCUGUGGACUCAGGCUGAUAAACUUUAAUUCUUGAACGCUGGCCAAAUAAGUUUGAAACUAAAAUGAAAUAGAUUUGUUCAGAUGGAAAAUCCUCGAACCAGGCUGAGUGGAGCUUUGGCUGGGACCUGAUCAACCACGAAAAGCUUCUUUUGUACAGUACCUACUUGCAAAGCAUCUUUCUUAUACAAGAUGGAUUAACUAAUCUGAAAUACUGAAGAUGAAAUACGGGGAUAAAAUCGGGCAGGAAGUAGUAAAUUCAAGUUAUUAAUUCAUGUAACAGUAGGGUUUAAGCUUCUUUCCUGACAAACAGGUUUCCGAAUAGCAGACAAAGAUUGUGUAAGUGAUUAAAAAAAGAGUCAUAACUUGAACAAAUAAAGGAGCAGAGGGUGAAGCCGUUUGCUCGUAGAUCACCGUGGCAGUGAAAUAGUGUGUUAAUGUGACUGAACUGCAGCUCAGAGGGUGAGGAAGCAAAAGACUGUUGCCAUCCUCAUUCUUAAAGAUGUUUCUAUAUGCUUUCAUUGUGAACACAUUUCAUUGUUUGACCGCACAUUGAUGGGGAAUCAUCUUUCAUGUACGACAAGAAGAAACUGAGUAUAAAGCUGCAGCGUGGCAUCAGAACACACAUUGUGAAGGUUGUGUGAAGGAAGAUUCUGUUUGGUAACGCCAGUGUGAGCUGAUGUGCAGCUGUCAAUCACUCAGUCAGCAUUUUGCCAACUAGGGUUAGAGUAAUGGGAUUUACUGUAGCCGCACUGUAAUACCAGCCAGAAUAAUUCCUAAUAAAAGUCUGAGCGCAGCACUG